AUCACUCAUCAGUACUUUGUGAAGCAGGGGAGUUCUGCUUUUCUUUUGUUUUUUAAAUAAAAAGAAAAAGAAACUUAUUAAAUUAUUUUAAUCACCUAUAACUAAUUUAUCUUUUUCCUUGGUCAUUUUUUAAUUGGUGGGUGUUAAAUGAUUAAGGGCGUUAUAUGGCUUGCUGACUAGUGAGUCUAUUUUGGACGUAUAUAUUAACUUGCUGCAUUGACCCACUUGGGCUAGAGAUAUAACAAGAGAGAGAGAGCGAAAGAGAGAGAGAGAGAGAGAGAGAAUUGGAGAGGGAAGAAAAAGAAAGAGAAUAAGAGAGGCAAAUAUCUAAUGAUGAUCGUGGCUAGAGGGUCAUCAUCGCCUCUAUCUGAUCCUUCCAUUUCUGAGAAGAAAUAUCUGAUCUUUUCUUUCUUUCUGGGUUAGUUUUCAUUCCAUGGAAUACCAUGUUGGCUUAUUACGAGAAGCCUAAGAAAGGAGGCCUGCCUCACUUUGGCUUCUCCAUUUCAUCUUCUUCUUCAAUUCUCCCCACCACCGCCACCACUGAGCACAAUAACCCUCCACUUUUGUUGAAUCUUUAGCACAAGUCCACUGUUCUUCCUGCAACUGUUGCAGAAUCAACAUAUCUUUUAACAAAAGCUAGGGAGUGGAGAGAGGCCAACAUAAACCUCAAAGAAACAAGAGACAUCUAUUUUGGUGUUCCAUGGCUCAAAAACUGUGUGAAGAUAAAUCAAGGAACAUGGUAUCGUCAUCAUCAGCAGGAUUUUGUUACACAGAUGUUUCAUCAAGUAACCCACCAAUCCAAACCCAUCUCGGGAACCAGAUCCAAGGCUUUGAAUCCAACCCGGAGAUCUUCAACUUGACCACAGGCGUGGAGAUGAUAGGGUUUUCAAGAAAUCUGCAACAGCAACAAAGUGACAGUAAUACAGCUGCUAUGUGGAAAAGUUUCUUUAACAAGCCAGGAAGCAACAACUCUGGUGGUGGUGGCGGUGGUCCUUCUUCCUCCAAGACGAUCAAUGAGUCCACCAGUGAUUUUUAUCCGCACGAGUUCAACAAGCAGGACUUCGCAACUGGGAUUUCGGAGACAAGUAAUGAGAAUCUAAUAGUUGGACCUGACUCAUCAGCCCCAUGGCAGGAACAUAGGUUGCUUGUUGAUGACUCUUCUUUAAGGUGUGUGUUCCCUUGCGAAGGAAAUGAGAGGCCAAGUCAAGGUCUUUCGCUCUCUCUUUCUUCAAGCAAUCCUUCUAGUAUUGGGUUGCAGUCUUUUGAACUCAGGCACACAAGUAAUCAUCAAAAUCAUGAUAAUCCACAAGAAGAAAUGAGGUUUAUGAAUUCAAGUUCUAGAGAUGGCUUCUUUGGAAAAUCUGUUGCUAAUAUUCAACAACAGCAGAUGAUGCAAGAUGGGUUCUUGACAAGAACUGCAAAUUUGCAUCAUCAAGGGCAGUUCCAGCUUAGAAACUCAAGGUACCUGGGUCCUGCACAGCAGCUUUUGAACGAGUUCUGUAGCCUUGGGACAAAGCAAACUGAUCAACCAAGGCCAAAGCCCCACAAGCCUAAACAGUGGGAUGAUGAAAAUGGAAGUGCUAGUAGUAGUAGUUCUUCAAGAAAGCAAUCUCUAUACUCCCUUGAAUUCAUGGAAUUGCAGAAGAGAAAAACAAGGCUGCUUUCAAUGCUGGAAGAGGUAGAAAGAAGAUACAGGCACUAUUGUGAUCAAAUGAAGGCUGUGGUCUCAUCCUUUGAAGCUGUGGCUGGUGCUGGGGCAGCUACGGUGUAUUCAGCUUUAGCAUCGAAGGCUAUGUCAAGGCACUUCAGGUGUUUGAGAGAUGGGAUUUUAGCUCAAAUUCAAGCCACCAAGAAAGCCAUGGGAGAAAAAGAUCCGGUUGCACCAGGCACGACUAAAGGAGAAACUCCAAGGCUAAGGGUUCUUGAUCAAGCUCUAAGGCAACAAAGGGCUGUUCAGCAAAUGACCAUGAUGGAAAGCCACCCAUGGAGGCCCCAAAGAGGCCUACCAGAAAGAUCUGUGUCUGUUCUUCGAGCUUGGCUAUUUGAGCAUUUUCUCCACCCGUACCCAAGUGAUGUUGAUAAACAUAUCCUAGCCCGCCAAACUGGCCUCUCAAGAAGCCAGGUAUCCAAUUGGUUCAUCAAUGCACGAGUUAGGCUGUGGAAACCCAUGGUGGAAGAAAUGUACUUAGAAGAAACAAAGGAGCAAGACAACAACAUCUCCUCUUCUGAUGGGGUUACUGAUCUUGAAGACAAUAAUGGCCGGCCUCAUCCAAAUCCUUCCUCAACAGAUCAAAAACCCACACUAGACCAACUCAUUCGUAUCGAUUCAGAAUGCCUCUCUUCAAUUAUCUCUAACCCAGAUAAAAAUAAUGACACUUCAAAAGGCACUAAGACUUUCCAAAACAAUCAUUUGCAUCUCCAACAGCAGAAUUUUGGCGCCUUUGGUGCAGUCGAAUUGGACUUUUCAUCUUAUAAUCACCAAACAGCAGGUGGGGUUUCAUAUGCUAAUAAUGAUCACUGUGCUAAUCUGAACUUCAAUGGUGGGGGAGUGUCAUUGACAUUAGGGUUGCAACAACAUGGAGGGAGUGGUGUAAGCUUAGCAUUCUCUCCGGCCUCUCAAAGCUCUCUAUUUUACCCUAGAGACCACAUUGAUGAUUGCCCACCGGUUCAAUACUCACUUCUUGAUGGAGAAGCACAGAAUUUGCCUUACCGGAAUUUGAUGGGGGCUCAAUUGCUGCAUGACUUGGCUGGAUGAAAGGAAAGUGCUUGCUAGACCAAGGGAAGGUUGGUGGGUUUUAUCGGAGUUCUUGCCGAAGGAUGGUGAUGUUUGAUAAGUAGUUUAGGCAUAGAUAAAUAUUCCAUAUACAUAUAUAUACAUAAAGUUACAGUUGGUUAAAGAUACUAUGGACAUUAUUUCCAUAGCUAGAAUAGUUUUGCAUCUCUUUUUUUCAUUGAAGAAAAAAAAAUCUUUAUUUACUGUUAGGCUAAUUUGGAAUUGGCAGUGAUUGAUGCAAGAUUAUACAGAUAUUUUCUUUCCACUAGGAGGUGGAAUCUGUUUGGCAAGAAAUUACCCAGUUUUAUUA